ACUGUAAAAAUGGCGAUACCCUGGUUGUUGAUAUUGAUUUGUUGCAUAGGAUUACAUUUUAGUCGUGCAAAAUAUACUCCAGAUUGGGAGUCUUUGGAUUCAAGACCUUUACCAAAAUGGUAUGACGAAACCAAAUUUGGAAUUUUCAUAACAUGGGGUGUGUUUGCUGUUCCAAGUUUCUCCUCUGAAUGGUUUUGGCCACACUGGAAAGCAAAACACCCAAAUCAAGAUAUUGUAAAUUUCAUGAAAAGGAAUUACCGACCUGAUUUUACCUAUGCUGAUUUUGCUGCAGAUUUCACAGCAGAAUUUUUCGAUCCAGAUGAAUGGGCAGAUAUAUUUAAAGCAUCAGGAGCUGGAUAUCUUGUUUUUACAACUAAACAUGGUGGAGGAUUUCCAAACUGGCCGUCCUCUCAUUCUUUUAACUGGAAUGCAAAAGCAGUAGGACCGAACAGAGAUAUUGUUGGCGAUUUGGCUAAAGCGAUAAGAAACAGAAUGGAUAUAAAGUUUGGAACAUACUAUUGUCUUUCAGAAUGGUUUAAUCCACUCUAUCUAAAAGAUAGGGAUUCAAAUUUCACAACCACGGAUUUUGUAAAGACAAAAACCAUGCCAGACCUUUAUGAACUAGUAAGCAAAUAUAAGCCAGAAAUUGUAUGGGCAGACACGGUGGAUAAUUUAGGACCUGCCUCAUACUGGACAUCAAAAGAAUUUCUUGCUUGGUUGUACAACGAAAGCCCAGUAAAGGAUACAGUUGUUACAAAUGACCGAUGGUGUCAAGAAUGUUUCUGUAAACAUGGAGGCUUCAAGACCUGUUCAGAUAGAUUCAAUCCAGGUGUUUUACAGAAAUUCAAAUGGGAAAAUUGUAUGACUAUAGACACGCACUCAUGGGGAUAUCGCAGAAAUUCUAACAUCGAUGCCUAUCUGAGUGUUCAUGAAAUCAUUUCAACUUUUGCAUCAACAAUCAGUUGUGGUGGGAACAUGCUAAUGAAUGUAGGACCAACAAAAGAGGGGAAAAUCAUUCCAAUAUUUGAAGAAAGACUCCGUCAGUUUGGCCAAUGGUUGAAGGUAAAUGGAGAGGGAGUUUACGGUACGGUUCCAUGGAGUCACCAGAAUGAUACAGUAACUAAAAAUAUAUGGUAUACCAAACGACACAAUGAGAACGAAGGGAAUGUGGUUUAUGUCUUUCUCCUUUCUUGGCCUACAGACGCAGUUCUAAAUUUAGGAGCACCAAUCCCAUCACAACAAACAGAAGUUACCAUGCUCGGUUAUCCAGACAAAUUUAUCUGGAAAGCUGGCUCAGGAGGCAAAGGAAUUGAUACCACUAUACCAAUUAUACCAUGGAACAAACUACCAUGCGAAUGGGCAUGGGUACUUAAACUUACUCAUAUAACAAAUUAGAUUUCAAAUUUAUUUGAUUACUGAUAUGGAUAUGUCUCAUCAUUAUUUGAACCUUGGUUGCAGGUCACUUUUACAAGAUAACCGAAGAUACCUUUGUGUUAACUCUGAUAUAUUACCAAAUGUACCUGUAGUAUGAUAAUCACAUAUGUGCGCAAACAACUCAAAGUGUUUUUUCAUGACCAGUGUGGUGAUCUUCAGCAAAAAAUUGCAAAGCUUCUUUUAUGAAAAUUUCGAUUUAGUCACCUGUCUGGUUUGCGAUAUAAAUUCAAAUUGCACUGAACAUUUUCAACAUAGAUCGGCUGAUUUUAAGUAAAAGAUGACGACAAAUCCGAAGUGGUUGUAAUGGAAGUAAUGAGAUAAUGAUAUAUUAUAUAGCUAUCUUUUAGUUUUAUUGCGCAAUAUUCAACGGCGCGAUAGACAUGUUACACAAACUAUUAGAUAUUUAGAAUUGUUUUAAAAUGUUUAUAUAUAUAUAAUAUAUUGUUUUGUAGAAUAUCAAUAGAAGCCCUGAUUGAGUUUUUCCAAACGAAAUUUGAAGUGUGCGAUUAAUAAAAUUACACACAAUCGUAGCGCAAAUUUGAAAUAUUGUAUUUAUAUGUAUGCUUGUAUAUUAAUUGAUUUGAAUAUCUUAUAAUGAGUGUUGUAAAUUAGGUUGUUAAAUCAUUGUGCGUUGUAAGUAUUUUUACAAGUGAUCUU